CUUAUCUUCAGCGUCAUCUUCAGCGUCAUCGCCAUCGUCAUGGAACCCGAUACAAAUCCACCCAAUGCCAUGCAGCGCUUGUACGCCAAUUGUCAGAAUGUAGUUGAAGAGGCAACAGUUGCUGUUCUAAGCAAAGGAAGCAUCCCUCGUCACAUUGGAUUCAUUCUUGAUGGCAAUCGACGAUUUGCACACAAGGCUGGUGCAAAUUCUACAAAGUUUGGACAUUAUGAAGGAUUCAAACAACUUGAAAAGGUUUUGGAAAUUUGUAUGAAAUUAGGUGUUGAGGCUGUAACUGUGUAUGCGUUCAGUAUUGAGAAUUUCAAAAGAUCAAAGACAGAAAUCGAUUACCUGAUGGAGUUGUUUCGUAAAGCAUUUGAAACCUUUUGUGAUAAAAAUGCACUGGUGGCUGAAUAUGAUAUAGGUGUAAGAUUCUUGGGAAAUCUAGAUUAUUUACCAAAAGACGUUGCCGAAGUAGCACGUCGAGCAAUGGAAAAUACAAAGAACAACAAAAAACGCAUCUUUAAUAUCUGUUGUCCUUAUACUUCCCGUGAUGAAAUGACAACAGCUAUCAAAGAAACCGUUCAAUUGGUACAAGACAACAAGAUAAAUUUAGAAGAUAUCAACGAGGAUUUAAUCAGAGAUCACCUAUUUACAUCCAAAUGUCCACCUCUUGAUGUGUUGGUGAGAACAUCUGGUGAGAUCAGACUAAGCGACUUUUUGCUGUGGCAAUCCAACAAUGGCUGUCAGAUCCAGUUUGUAGAUUGCUAUUGGCCAGAGUUCUCAUUGUGGAAGUUCCUACCGAUCUUACUUGAAUACCAGAUCUAUCACAACCAGUUUUCCAAUUCAUCAUGAACAAUCAAUUUAUAUCCUAUCAUCAAACAUCAAGAAAGUCAAAUAGUAACC